GGCAGCCGGCGGGGAGCCCUGCACUACACCCGGGAGGGUGUCCCAGUGCUCAUCGUGGGCCACCACAUCCUGUACGGGAAGGUGGUGCAGCUGGAGAAGCCCUUGGCCGUGCUGGUGAAGGGAGGAGCCGGGGAGCCCGGCCCCGCGGGGACACCUGCCCAUUACACCGUCACCGCCCUCAUCAAAACCAAACUCCUCUUCAAAACCCGUCCCAAGCCCAUCAUCACCAACGUGCCCAAGAAAGUGUGA